AUGAAGCCGCUGCAGGAUCUCGUGCCGGGUUGCAACAAGUUUGGCGCGCUCACGGACUGCGACCCGAACCUGGUGGACCCGUGCACGUGGUUUCACGUCGUGUGUGACGGCGACAACCUCGUCAUCCGCCUGGAUCUCGGGAGACUGAACCUGUCGGGUCCUCUGGCACCCGAGCUAGGACAACUGGAUCAGCUGCAAUACAUGGAAAUUUUUGGGAACAGCAUCAGUGGACCAAUCCCAUCAGAGUUCGGUAGCCUGGCGAACCUGAUCAGCCUGGACCUGUCCAGCAACAGCAUCUCAGGAGCUAUACCCGCAGCCCUCGGGAACGCCAAGUCCCUGAAGUUCCUGCGUUUGGAUCACAAUCGCCAGACGGGGCCGAUCCCAAGGGAGCUUGCUGGGCUGCCCAAUCUUGGAAUUGUGUGA